AUGUCAACAGACAUCACAAACAAGGUUCUGGAAUGUGGAGUUAGCUUAGAGAGAAGAAACUCGAACCCCAAUGAGCCACUAAUCAGUCAUGAUAUUCCAGACUACCCAUGGGAGACCAUAGCUACGGAUUUGUUCACAUGGAACAACCAGGAGUACCUGUUAGUAGUUGAUUACUACAGUAGAUACUUUGAAGUAGAGAAACUACACAAGACAACCAACUGCAGUCAGUAUAUUAUAGAAAAGAUGAAGAAGAUAUUUAGUAGGCAUGGUAUUCCACGGAAAGUCGACAAUUGUCGACAAUGGUCCACAAUUCGCAAGCCAGGAUUUUUCCACAUUUGCUCGGGAAUACAACUUUCACCAUGUUACUUCCAGUCCUAG